GUGACUUGCGGCUGGGCGCGGAGCGGUGUUCGCCGGGGAGAGCCUGCGAGGAGCCCGGUCCCUCUCCUCUGCCCGGUCGGGAGCGCCGACCGGUUCCUCUGCCCGGCCCAGCCCCGCCCCGCCCCGGCUGCCGAGACACAGGUCUUGGGUGGAGCGGCCCUGCCCGGGCAGUGGGCAGCUUGGGAUAUCUGGAUGACCAGAGGAGGGCCUGCUGAGACAGAGUCCUGUCCAUGCUCGGGGGGCCUCUGGGGACAUGAGGUGGGCGUGUAUCUGGCUCCUCUGUCCCCUGGGCCUGCUGGUCUUGCUCUCUGCAUCCACAAACCCUCCCAACGUCCUGUUAAUCUUUGCGGAUGACCUGGGGUUUGGAGAUUUGGGAAGCUAUGGGCACCCCACCUCAGCCACGCCCAACCUGGACAAGAUGGCGGCCAGGGGCCUGAGAUUCACCGACUUCUAUGCCAGCUGCCCAAUCUGCAGCCCCUCGCGGGCGGCCCUGCUGACGGGUCGGUACCAGACACGCUCCGGGGUUUACCCCGGUGUGUUCUAUCCCGGCUCCCGGGGAGGCCUCCCGCUGUCCGAGCUCACCAUCGCGGAAGUGCUGAAGGCUCGGGGCUACACCACGGCCAUGGUCGGCAAAUGGCACCUGGGACUGGGGGCCAACGGCUCCUUCCUGCCCAUCCACCAGGGCUUUGACCACUUCCUGGGGGUGCCCUACUCCCACGACCAGGGCCCCUGCCAGAAUCUCACCUGCUUCCCCCCCCACACCAAGUGCUUUGGGACGUGUGACCAGGGCGUGGUGCCCGUCCCACUGCUCCUAAACCAGAGCAUCCUGCAGCAGCCGCUCGCCUUCCCCCAGCUGGUGCCGCUCUACAACAAGUUCUCUCGCGACUUCAUUGCCGACUGCGCCCGCCAGGGCCGCCCCUUCCUGCUCUACUACGCCUCCCAUCACACCCACUACCCCCAGUUUGGAAGCCAGGAGUACGUGGGCCAGUCGCUGCGGGGGCCCUUUGGGGACGCCCUCAUGGAGUUUGACGGCUCAGUGGGGCUCCUGCUUCAGGCACUACAGGAGAAUGGCCUGGAGGGGAACACGCUGGUCUUCUUCACCGCGGACAAUGGCCCCGAGACCAUGCGAAUGGCCCGUGGGGGCAGCUCGGGUCUCCUGAAGUGUGGCAAGGGAACGACAUACGAGGGCGGGAUGCGGGAACCUGCGGUGGCUUAUUGGCCAGGCCGGAUCUCCCCGGGCGUGACCCACGAGAUGGCCAGCACCCUGGACAUCCUGCCAACCCUGGCUGCGCUGGCUGGGGCGCCUCUCCCCACUGUCCCAUUGGACGGCUAUGAUCUGAGCCCGGUGCUGUUUGGAGGUGGGAAGAGUCCCCGGCAGAUGAUGUUCUAUUACCCGCCCAGCCCCAGCAAGCUGCUUGGCGUCUUUGCCGUCAGAUACGGGAAGUACAAGGCUCAUUUCUUCACACAAGGUGCCUUCCUCAGUGGGACGACCCCUGACCAGGACUGCCAUGGGCCCCUGACGCCCCACGAGCCUCCACUGCUCUUUGACCUGGAGGCUGACCCUGCAGAGAACUAUAACCUGCUGCAGGGCGGUGCCGUGGGGCCGGAGGUGCUGCGGGUGGUGAAGGAGAUCCAGCUGCACAAGGCGCUCUUCGACCAGCGCAUGGAGUUUGGGGAAAGUCAGAUAGGGAAGGGCAUCGACUCUGCCCUCCAGCCCUGCUGUGCCCCUGGCUGCACCCCCAAGCCCUCCUGUUGCCACUGCUCCUAACCUCCCCAGCCCUUUAACUCUCCCCUUGCCACUGCCAGGAACCCCCCGCUCUUCGAAAGCCUCCUGCUGCUGUGCCCAUCUCUCUGCUGCCACUCUCUAAAGUCCCCACGCCAGCCUCCCCGCUGCUUUCCCCAAACCUGCCUGCAGCCGGGCGCGCUGCGUUGGGGUGCUUCCCUGGCCGGUAGAGCUGCCUCCCGCUCCCCAGGCCUGACGCUGAGGUCCCUACGUGCUGGCUGCAUGGGGGCGUGGGGUGAGAUGCUAGGAGGGGAAGGGGCAGGUUCCUGGGGUGGGGUUACCUCUGCACUGGGAGUCUUUGGCCAUUUGACACAAACCUUCGCUCCCCUGGGACGCACUGAGUACAGUGAGCCCUCUGGAGUCCCGGGGGCUCUGGAACAAAGCAAAGGACCCACCCUCAGAGUCUAGCACCCCAAUGCAGCCAGUGGGGGGCCCGGCGGUACCAGCCUGCUGCAGCGGGAAGGCCACGGAGCGGAGCGUGGCUAGCUCUGAGGGGCUGGCACAGCAGUGAGGGCCAAGGCCCUAUCAAUACUGGCGCAGAGGUGGAGUGCGAGGCCAGGAUCAGGGCCAGCAGCAGUAGCCGCGGUGCUUGGCCCUGAGCACGUGGACGGGGGACCAACGGGGGCUCUGCAGUCAGGAGAGGAGCUGUGCAGAGCUCUGGGGCAGGUCCAUUAACCUGCGUGGAUGCAGCCAGCUGUCGCUGUGGGACACGACUUGUGCUUGUUUAAAGGGUGAAAUAAGGAGAAAUGAGUCCAUGGAGUGGCUGCCCUCCAGGCUCAGCUGGUAUUUGCAGUCUGUGGGCAGCUGUGACCCGGCUGUGUGCACCGGCGGGCCAAGGAGCCAGGGUUCCCCCCUAGAGCUGAUGCAGAGAAGGCCUAGUCCUGAGCCCUCUCGGCAGAGCUCCUGCCCGGGGAGUGAGAGCCGUGAGAUGAGCAAUGUAGGCCCAGCCAAGGAGGGCCUAGGGCAGCUGCUUGGGAUACCCAGGGGAGGAGGUAACUGCUGGCAUCCUGCAGAGAAAGGCCAAGUACGAGCUAUGACGCUGACAUGCCCAGACAGGCAUGUUACCCCUCUGGCUUUACCAGCUUCUCAGUGCUUUACCGGAGGGAGGGGCGGGGGUUCAUGUGUGGUCACUGCUGAGCUAAGCGGGAUUGUCAUGGGUCUUGCAGGAUGUUUGUACGGGAAAUAUUCUGAGAUGUAAAGUGUCAAAUAUUGUGUUCCUCAACCACUGGCGCAGAAGCACAUCGCCUGUGGUGGGAUGGGUCUUGGCACACAAGAGUGAGACCAAUCAAUGCUUUCCGACCCAGCUCAGACCUGUGUUUACAGUCUGGACCGGAUCCAGGCCGCAGCAUUGGCAAAGACAAAAGAACCCUGUAAUGGGGUUGGGGACUCACCACCGUGGCGCCUCCUACUGGUUACUCCAGGAAUUAGCUCAGUCCAGUGGAGCGUCCCCUCUCGGUGGUAUCCCGCCCGUUGUCUUGCCCUUGGUUGGCUUUUGAGCCCACGUUGCUCACCAACUCACGGCAUCCUCUUCAGGAUCACUGCCCUCUGGCAGUGCCCCAUAGUCCAUCCACACCCCCUUCCGGGGGGUAUCAAUCAGCAGUCUCUACACCCCACCACCGUGGUCAACCACACACCCCAAAGUCUAAUCCCUCAUCAGGGAUCUGGCAUGGUCUAGAAUGGCCACUCCCUACAGCCAAUGGCUGGGUGUACUGGAAGGGGGAGACCCAGGCCCGCCCUCUACUCUGGGUCCCAACCCAGGGACCCUCUGGCAGCAGCCUCGCUGUCCUCCACCUCCUCUCCCCUCCAUCUGCCCGCUUCCCCUAUGGCCCCUUGCACCAGCUAGGCCCUUCCCCUCAGGGCCUGCAGCCUGGCAGACACCGGGCUGGAGUUCCUUUCUGCUCCCCCAGGCCUGACCAGCCCUGCGCUGCCCACAGUGCUAGUCUCCCACCUCUGGAGACAGCCCUUCCCCUCACAAAGCCCUGGGACACACUGAGUGUGCGCUCCCUGAGCAGCCUUUUAUAGGACUGAGCCUGGCCCUGAUUGGCUCCCAAUAAGCCCUUCCCUGAUUGGCUACCUAUCUGUGCAGGCCCACUGGCCUGCUGCAGCCUAAAUUCACACAGAGUGGGGCAGUCUGGGGAUGUAUCAGAGAAGAAGAAAGGGCACAAGAUGUUAUCAAUUACGGAGGGCUCUUUGCUAGGGGAGCGUCCCCUGAAAAGUGGGUCCCCGCUCUCUGGACUGGACAAGCACUGGACACACUGACCACUGGAUGACAAAUGCCUUCUUAGACAGGAAAGGGGCUUGUUAACAAGUAUAGGCUCUAGAUUACAUUUUAUGUUUUUCUUUUACCUGUAACCUCGUGUUUCCAAACCCUUUUCCUUGCUUUUAUUUGAAUCUGUAACUGGAGCUCUGUUAAAUAAACUGAAAGCUGGUUUUACUGUA